AUGGGUGAUGUUGAAACAUACAAGAAGAUAGAAAUCAGAUUCAUCGACAGCUGUCGCUUUAUGCCAUCAAGCUUGGAGAGAUUAGCUAAUAAUCUCGAUGAUGCCCAAUGCAAACAUCUCCGAUGGUAUUUUCCUGAGGAGGAUACAUUUCAGCUCAUGCGACGCAAAGGAAUUUAUCCAUACGAAUACAUGAAUAGCUGGCAACGAUUCAAAGAGACUGAGCUACCUCCAAAGGAGGCUUUCUAUAGCAAGCUGAACAUGAAUGGGAUUAACGAUGAAGAAUACGAACAUGCUCAGAAGGUAUGGAAUUCUAUUACUCCAAAGGGUCCAGAGACUACCAUGGGUGACUACCACGAUGCAUAUUUAGUGACGGAUGUACUGCUAUUGACCGAUAUCUUUCAGAACUUUCGCAGCACUAGCCACGCGAACUACAAGCUCAACCCCGCUCACUUCUACAGCGCACCUGGUCUCGCCUGGAAGGCAGCACUCAAGUACACAGAAAUCAAACUGGAUGACCUUACGGACCCUGAUAUGUUAUUAAUGUUUGAGAGAGGAAUCCGAGGUGGUAUAACUCAAGCAGUGCACCGCUACGCGAUAGCGAAUAAUAAAUAUAUGGGCGAUCAAUAUGAUCCUGAUAAGGAAUCGUCAUACUUACAGUACGUAGACGCCAACAACCUGUAUGGGUGGGCAAUGCAACAAUCCCUCCCAACUCAUGGCUUCAAAUGGGUAUCGAAUAUUGAGAUAAUCGAUGAAAAGAAGAUCGAGAAAUUGGUAUCUGAUAUUAAAUAUGGGUACUUGCUGGAGAUUGACGUUGAUUAUCCGAAGGAUUUACACGACAAACACAACGAGCUUCCCUUCCUGCCGAAGCGCAAGAUGAUCCACAGGGUCGAGAAAUUGAUACCAAAUCUUGAACACAAGAAGAAAUAUGUAGUGCACAUCGGAGCUUUACAUCAAGCUUUAAAGCAUGGGCUCGAGCUUAAAAAAGUCCACCGCGCUAUCCAGUUUAAUCAAUCCCCGUGGCUGCGAGGUUAUAUAGAUCACAACACGAAACUGAGAACUGCCGCCAAGAAUGACUUUGAGAAAGAUUUUUAUAAGCUUAUGAAUUUGAGCGUGUUCGGCAAGACGAUGGAAAACAUCCGCAAUCAUCGGAAUAUCAAAUUAGUGACCAAUGAAGCUGCAUAUACAAAGAUUACCAUGCAACCAAACUUUAAAAGCGGCACUUGUUUCGGUAAGAAUCUCAUGGGUAUUGAGAUGAGCAGAACGGGUAUUAAGAUGAAUAAGCCCGUCUAUAUUGGUCAGGCUAUUCUAGAUCAGUCAAAACCGUCAUGUACGAGUUUCAUUAUGACUACAUGCAGCCCAAAUACGGUAGUGAAUUAA